GACUUAUUAAAGAAAGAUGUUAAAAGUGUGAUUGUGGUGAGAAUAAAAGCCGAUAAGGAAAGAACGGCAUAUUUUCUGGAUUCAGACAGAAACGAGCGCUAUCGAAGAAUUACACGCGAUAAAAGGAAUUGAUAUUAGCACCGCGUGCUCCAGGAAUUCUCCGCACGUGGAAACCCAAAGACUAGCAGGAGGAGAAAAGAAUUAAAAUGUAACUAAAAAGGAAUAUUUUGGUGAUGUAUAAAUUAUAGUGUCGAGUUUUAGGAAUGGUAUGCAAAGUGGCGGAAAGCAGGUUAAAGUUUGUACAAGUGGUUGCCAUGUUUACCCGGAACAAUUUUUCCGGAACCUGGCUCGCGACUUAACACAGUUGGGGGUUAAUGUUUAGUCUGAAUUGUGUAAGUAGGUAAAGGUGACGACAUUAACGUCAAGCGGAUGAAAUAAUAAAAAACAUUAUAACGAUUGAGUGAUCCGUGGGAAGAAUAACAAGCCAUAUGGAAAAAACAAUCGAAACAAAAGGAAUAAUUGUUUAAUACGACCUUUGACCUAAAAUAUGGAAUUGAUUGUUUGAACCCAACUGGAAACAUGUGUGUUUGUAAAUUCGGGUGUCAUAUUUUUUAUGGACUACACAUUAAUCGCUGACGUGUAAAUGCGUUAAAGAGCUCGGGAAUUCGUGUUUCUUGAAUGGAAUUCUCUGUAAAUGGUUGUUACAACUUUUGAGUAGCGUACAAGAAAUCAAGGAAAAGCCCGAGAUUGGGAAAUCUGUGUUACGAAUGACUGGAUACGAUAACUUUUUAUACCGAAAAACGAAUUUAUAAAAUAUUGCAAAACAUUUUUAAUGGACUUUCCACAUACAGUAGAUACACAUAUCGGUUAUUCCAUCGCUGGUUGUUCGCUAUAGAGACGUGUCGGUUGUCGUGGUAUUUCGAUAAUAUUUUAUACCGAAAAAAGACUUUAAAAGAUAUUGUAAAACGUUAUAAAUGGACUCUUUACACACGGUACGUACAUAUACCGGUUAUUAUAUCGCCGGCUAGUUGUUAUUAUGAACUAUAACUUUUACAUAUAUAUAUAGAUAGAUGUAUACCCGAAUUCCAUUGUAGCGCGUGGCGAAUGUAAGCUCAAAGCAGACGUCACUUUUUUUCUAUCAUCUUUUGAAUGUCAAAUUGUUUUUUAAGCUGUAAGUAAAGAUGACAUAUUUGUGUAGUUUAAUUAAUGGGAAUUUAACUACUAGGAUUUAAACGAGACAGAGUUGUGUUAAAUUUGCCUGGUCAUCAGUCUGGUUAUCAAAUGAAUUGUGUUUAUUAUGAGUUUGAGACAUGACAUUCUUAGUGGAUUUUGUUUAGUGUUUGUAGGUCUAUUUCCAACAGGAUUAAGUUAAAUUCUGCUGGCCAUUAUUGUUUUGUUUUUUUCAAAUGGAUUUUGUUAAUUUUGAGAGUUUAAAGGGUUUAUAUUUUUAGUUGAAUUAGGGUUUAUUUUUUCAGCUGGAUUUGUAGUUGUUAGUGUUAAAGUGUUUGCCAGCCGGAAUUAACAAGCGAAAUAUGUGAUUGUGAAUGCAGUUGUUAAUCGGUGAAUUUUGAUGUUAAUUGUUUCAAAGAAGGAAUACAUCAUAAUCUUAAAUAAAAUUGUCUAUUUUCAAGCUUUCCAUGAUUUUGUUUUAGCGAUAAUCACUUGCAAGAAUCUAUCGCAUCUUAACGAUUAAUCCCUUUCUUUGGAACCGCCCUUCCUUGCAAGUUUGUGACGUCAAGGACAUCGAUAAAAGACUGAAAGAUUUGAAUCGACAGUUGGAACUCACGACAAUAAAGACAGGUUCAGUCUCUGUGAUAUUGGAUCGACGAUAGGAACUCACGACAAUAAAGACGGGUUAAUUUCUAUGAUACUGGAUCGACAGUAGGAACUCACCACAAUAAAGACAAGCGUACUUUCGAUAAGAUUGGAUCGACGGAAGAAACUCACCACAAUAAAAACAAGCUUACUUUCGAUAAAAUUGGAUCGACGGUAGGAACUCGCAAGAAUAAAUGCAAACACAGUGUUCAUGAUAUUGGAUCGACGGUAGGAACUCACGACAAUAAAGACACGCUUAGUCUCCACGAUACUGGAUCGACGCUAGGAACAAGCUUGGUCUUCAUGAUAUUGGAUGUAGAAAACAAACUCAUUUAAAGGUCUGAUCUUGCAUUUUAUGUCUUAAAAUUAGAUCACACGGAUUUAAAUUUAAAUGCUAUUUAAUAGGAAUAGUGGUUAUUGAAUCUCAGCAACAAGUCAGAAACAAAUCAAGAAUUUAUUUUUAAAUAUUAAGUUGAUUUCCUGUAAAACUAUUGAAUUACAAGUGGUGAGAAUACGAGACAAAUAGCACUGGAGUAGGAGGUUCACAAAUAGUUCAACUAUUCUUAAAUCAAAACUAUUUCAAAGACUUGGUAGAACCAAGUACUGUCAAAUUGUGGAUUUUUUUAAAACAAAACUAUAGGUCAUAGACUUUAUAGAACCAAGGAAUGAUAAGUAAUUGAUUUUAAAACGAAACUUGCGAUUGGGAACUAUUUCAAAGACUUUGUAGAAUCAAGGAAUGAUAAAUAACGGAUUUGAAAACGAAACUAGCGAUUGAGGACAGGAAUUAAAGGGGCUUCACCAGGAAAGUUGAUUGUUUAGAAAUAUUAAACAAUCCGGCUUCCGAAAGCAGUAAUUUGUAGUGUUUGGAGAUGUGUUUCACUGUAUAAGGGAAAACGAAAGUAAAAACGAUAAGGAUAAAGGAUAAGGAUAUUUCCUAUAAAAGUGUUUAAAGACCAUUUUUUUGCUAAUUGAAUCAAGAUAUAAAAGGGUACUCUCACCAUGGCUUUAAGCAUGGUGAUGCAACAUUUCAACGGUUUACUGAUGGUAUUAUUGUUUAUUAUUAAUUACACAGAAACAAGUUCACGAGAUGGAUGGGGACCAUGGACAGUAUGGUCAGUCUGUUCUGCCACAUGUGGUCAGGGUCUGGUCUACAGUCAGAGAAGAUGUCAUCGAUUAGCCAGCCAAAAUUCCUGUCGCGGUCACAGUAAACGAUUCAAAUUGUGUAAUUUAAAGGAAUGUGAAAAUAUACCAGAAGAUCCAACGAUAGCUUUAUGUAGAAAACAAAAUCACAUCCGUUACGGUGGUAAACGAUUUUACUGGGAACCUUUUAUUAACCCUGUGACAGCUUGUGAACUGUCUUGCAAGGCAAGAGGUCAUCAUUAUGUAUAUAAUCUAAAGAAAUUAGCAAAUGACGGUUUUAACUGUGGGGUUAAAGACAGGGCCGUGUGUUUGGCCGGAAGAUGUAUGAAAGUAGGUUGUGACGAUAUAUUAGGAUCUAAUACAACAUUAGAUAGGUGUGGAUUGUGUGGCGGUAAUGGUAACACGUGUAAACUCGUAACUGGUAUCUUUACCAAACCGUACCUAGCCAAAUAUGGUUACAAUACGGUCAUCUCGAUACCAACCAAUGCUCGUAGUAUCAGUGUUUCUGAGAUAGCAAGAAGCAGGAAUUUUCUAGCUUUAAAAUCCAAUGGGCGAUAUAGAAUAAAUGGUCAUAGACGUCUACAUAGAACGGGUGAUUACCAGGUUGCCGGGACGACGUUUGUUUAUAAUAGACAUCAAGAUAAAAACUGUCCUGGUGAAUGUUUGACAGCGGUUGGACCAAUCAAACAAUCCGUUGAUAUAGAGAUUUUAUAUUAUCACCGGAAUCCUGGGAUAAAAUACCAAUAUACCAUCGUAGAUAAACCACCGCCAGGUGGAGCUGUACCUUUGGUUAAAGAUGAUGAUGAGGGUGUCCCUUUAACAAAACUUGAUAACGGACAAGUUAUUAAACACGGUUUUCCUUUAAUAAACUCGAUACCAGAAGAAGGAAUACCCCUUUCUAAACCUUAUAAUCCUUCCGCAAACGGUGCACCCAUACCUAAGAACGGAAUACCCCUCUCUAAACCUUAUAAUCCCAACGGAGAACCUUUAAUAAGAACAAGUGCGGACAAUAGAUUAAUUAUCAGGAAUCGGGCCAGUAAUGGAGAAGUAAUUAAAAAUUCCUACGAUGGACACGGAACGUAUCCACGAUACAUUCCGAAUAGAUUGGAUUCUAAGCUGCCAUUAACUGGACAUGUUGAACCGAGUGGUGUUUCGGAUGAUCUGUCUGAAGGGGAUUUUGAGAAGAAACACUAUAUACAUACUAAUACGUAUGAUAAACAGUCACAAGCAGUGAGGAGUUCGUAUGGCAUCCGUUUGAUUAACAAUACGGUAGAUAAGGUUCCAUCUAUUGGAGGAUUUAAGAGAUUAGACAAUACAAUAGAUACAAUAGGUAGUCAUGGUGUUUAUACGUGGAGUAUAGUCGGUUUUACAGAUUGUUCAGUUUCUUGUGGUGGAGGUCUACAGGAGACUAAAGUUAUUUGUAUAAAUCAUUUGUGUAUAUUACAGGUCUACAGGAGACUAGAGUUAUUUGUAUUAAAUAUUUGUGUAUAUUACAGGUCUACAGGAGACUAUUAA